UCUGAAAAUGCACAGAGAUGCCUGGCUACCUCGCCCUGCCUUCAGCCUCACGGGGCUCACUCUCAUGUUCUCUCUGGUGCCACCAGGGCGGAGCAUGGAGGUGUCGGUCCCCACCAUCCUGAACGUGCUCAAUGGCUCUGAUGCCCGCCUGUCCUGCACCUUCAACUCCUGCUACACAGUGAACCACAAGCAGUUCUCCCUGAACUGGACCUACCAGGAGUGUGGCAACUGCUCCGAGGAGAUGUUCCUGCAGUUUCGCAUGAAGAUCAUCAACCUGAGGCUGGAGCGGUUCCGGGACCGCGUGGAGUUCUCCGGCAACCCCAGCAAGUACGACGUGUCCGUGAUGCUCAGGAACGUGCAGCCGGAGGACGAGGGCACCUACAACUGCUACGUGAUGAACCCGCCCGACCGCCACCGUGGCCACGGCAAGAUCAGCCUGAGGGUCCUCAUGGAAGAGCCCCCUGAGCGGGACUCCACGGUGGCCGUGAUCGUGGGGGCCUCCGUGGGGGGCUUCCUGGCUGUGGUCAUCUUGGUGCUGAUGGUCGUCAAGUGCGUGAGGAGGAAAAAAGAGCAGAAACUGAGCACGGAUGACCUGAAAACAGAGGAAGAGGCCAAGACGGACGGCGAGGCCAAUGCGGACGAUGGCACCAAGUAA